AUGGUGAAAGCCGCCCCACCUUCGCCGGCACUCUCCAACAGCGACAUGUUCCAUGGGCUCCCGAGCAGUUUCGGCGAGUUGGCGCAGCAGCACAACACAGUCGCCUCGUACCAUCGUGACCAACUCGCCAUGGAUUCGUUCCAGACCCAAUCUCAGCCAGUGUCCAGAUACUCGACGCCGGUUCCACAGGGAAUGCCAUACCACCACCAUAUGAGUUAUGUUGGCGGCCAUUACCCAGGCUAUUCCCACCACAUGCAUCCCGAGGAAAUGAGCCAAUACGGCCCAUUUCCAGAUGAGAUCCAGGCUGCGUCCGCCCUGCCAUACAGCACGCCUGCGACAUCACCGCCCACCCCGUCGAGGGCUUCGGACAUCAUGACCACCCGAAGUGGGAGCACGAUAACCAGGAGGUCGAGCAUGAAGGCGCUGGCACCGAAGAGCAGUCGCGUCGAGAAGUCAACUCCGAAGAAGAAGGAGCGGGCCAAGGCCGUCAAGAGAAUACCGAAGCUGGACAGACCCUUGAGCGAGGUGACCAAGGACUCGCCCGUCGAGGUCGUCGACAUUGAGACGUACGUCAACCGAUCCGCCGAGCAGCGGCACAAGGAAGUCGCCGAGGGCAAGAUCCCCGGCAAGAUCAAGCGGCCAAUGAACGCCUUCAUGCUGUACCGAAAAGCCUACCAGAACCGCGCCAAGGACUGGUGCUCCCAGCACAACCACCAAGUCGUCUCCCAGGUCUGCGGCGACAGCUGGCCGCUGGAGCCGGAGCUCAUCCGCCUCCAGUUCAACGAAUGGGCCAAGCUCGAGCGCGACAACCACCAGAAGUCGCACCCCGGAUACAAGUUUACGCCCUCCAAGCCGCAGAAGCCCAAGAUCAGGAAAGAAUUCGACGACGCUGAGGCUUCCGACGGCGGGGACUAUGACUGGGACAGCCGCCGUGCCGACUCCAGUAGAAACAGGUCGAGGACCAGGACGCCGAAGCAGGAGUCAGAGGACUACCAGGCCCAAUCGGCCUACCACCAGCACUACGGUGCGGCCGGAGCACGCCUGCCGCCCCAGAACCGAUCCGUCUUCCACUUCAGCAACCCGGGGAAACCCAUGCCGGCGCCCUACGACCAAAGGGACCUGCCGGGCCACUACUACCAGACGACGCACUUCCGCGACCCGCAGAGGCAGCCGAUGCACGGCACCGUCGAGGACCUCGUGAUGCGCAAGACGCCCUCGCCGGGCACGGCCUUCCAACAGCCCGGGCAGGCCGACCCCGGGUUCGACUUCGUGGGGUACCACCACCACCACCACCAGCAGGGCUAUGCAGACCAGUUGCACCCGCACCAGCACCCGCACCCGCACGGGCAGGCCGUGAGCCUCGACCAGCGCAUCGACCCCUCGCUCCUGGCCGCCGAGGGGGGCUUCUUCGACCCCGGCAUGGGCGGGGGCGGCGGUUACAUGCUAGACGGCGGCGGCCACCUGGACGCGCAACAACAGCGGCAGCAGGCGUGGCAGAUGGCCCACAUGGGAGGCGGCAUGGCGGCCGACGACGGGCAGUUCCCCGCAAGCCUGCUGGGGCUCAACGAGACCCUCCUGCAGGAGAGGCACACGCAGCUCCUCAAGGGCACCGAGGAUAGCUGGCACGUCGAGACGCUCGACGGGCCGUCCCAGUUCGACAACUGGGUGGACGCCCAGGCCAUGGAUAAUUAG